AUGGGUACUGUGCAAGAGCCAAACGAGUACGAUGAGAAGGCCAUCAAAGGCACAGCUGAGCUGGCGCAGGAUGCUAGUGUUGGUGAAUAUGUUGACUAUCAGGCCUCCCCUGAAGAGGAGCGUCGACUUCUAUGGAAGCUGGAUCUCUUUAUGAUCCCUAUGAUGGGAAUUUGCUACAUGCUACAAUACAUGGAUAAACUUGCUCUCAGUCAGGCCACUCUGAUGAAUAUACGAGGGGAUCUCCACCUUGUCGGUCAGGAAUAUACUUGGUGCUCUGCCAUUUUUUAUUUUGGUUAUCUCGCCUGGAGUGCACCUACUUCAUAUCUCAUCAUUCGUCUUCCGCUGGGCAAAUACCUAGCCGUCUCAGUGUUUUUAUGGGGUGGUAUCCUGAUGUGCCAUGCAGCCUGCCAGAAUUUCGCUGGCUUGAUCACUGCUCGAUUCUUCCUUGGUGUUGGUGAAGCUGCUGUUGCACCUGGUUUUGGUCUCAUUACUGGAAUGUUCUACAAGAGAGAGGAGCAGCCCGCUCGCCAAGCAGCAUGGUUCAUCGGUAACUGUGUUGCUAAUAUAAUCGGAGGUGUGGUUGCGUAUGGCAUUGGAAAUUCUCCAUCAGGAAUCGAGAGCUGGCGCCUCUUGUUCCUGGUUCUCGGAGGAAUCACAUCGGGCUAUGCGAUAAUUCUCUUCUUCAUUCUUCCUGACUCUCCCGCGAAGGCCGCUUUCCUUACCGAGUCCGAGCGGAGGAUCGCUUUGCAGCGAACACUAAAGAACAAAACAGGAACUACCCAGGUGACAGAAGCAUUCGACUGGAGUCAAGUUGCCGCUGCUGCAAAAGACCCACAAGCGUGGUGUCUCGUCCUUUACACUUUCUGCGUCAAUCUUGCCAAUGGUGGUCUCACUAGCUUCUCCGGAAUCAUUGUCGCAGGCUUUGGAUACUCAAACUUCGAGUCCCUCUUGCUUCAAAUGCCUAUGGGAUUUUCCCAGCUAGUAUUCCUCAUUAUAACUGCCGCCAUUGCUACAUACAUCCCAUCAUCACGGAUCAUGGCCAUGAUUUUGAACGUGGUGGUGGCCGUGAUCGGAGUUGUUUUAAUCUACACUCUUGAUGACAUGCAGAAAGUUGUUAAGCUAGUUGGCUUGGCUUUUGUUGCUGCAUUUGCCGUUAACAUCCCACUCUGUCUGAGUAUUGUUACCUCCAACGUCGCUGGAUCUACAAAGCGAAGUACUAUCAGUGUCGCUGUCUUUGCCGCUUAUUGUGUGGGCAAUAUUGUCGGGCCGCAAUUCUUUUACGCUUCGCAGGAGCCAGUAUACUCGAGCGGUAUCCAAGCAUCCCUUUGUGGGUUAAUACUCGGUGUGUUCUUCUUGGGAUGUCUGUUUGCUUAUUAUGCCUGGGAGAAUAAGAGGAGGGAUCGGCAGAAGGGGACUGUAUCUGAGGAUCUUGAUACUCAUGAUAUUAUUGAGGAGAUCCACAACAAGACAGACAAGGAGAUACCAACCUUCCGGUACACUCUCUAG